CGGGUGCAGUCAUAGCUUUGACGGCCCUUCUUCACGUCCUAUCAUUCGCUAGGCAUCUUCGUUUCAUCCCUCUACCAAAGGGCGCAGUGACCUUUUUCAAGAUGGAGGGCCUAGUUUUCCCCACACGUGCUGAGGCUGAGCAUCUUGUUUCUUCUGUGACGAACGAGAACACGUAGUGGACGCCUUUUCGCCGAUUCAGCGCCAUCGGUCUUGAGAUCUGAACGCGUCUAUGCACAGUAUGUUUCAUUUAACGGGUAAAUAUAUGUCUGCCUGGUGCCCGGUUACUGGGACCAGGCCAGUUAAGGUUUCUCUACUAUCAAGACUACACUGCCACUACUCAGUCCAAACCAUUGGAGCAUAAACUACCAUUGUAUAUCUCUUACCUGUACCCUCCUCCCACACGUCACAAGUCCAUUCCAAUAGCCUCGACUGCAACUCAACCCUCACCGAACGCACUUCACUCAAACCACCUACCCAACCCCAUCACCAUGGCUCCCACCCCAGCAGACACAACCCCAGAGGCCCCCUCCCCCACCACCACCGGCUCCCUAAAAUCCCAACCCCCAACGACCUACUGGACAAAAUCAAACAUUGUCUCCACCACAAUCUUCAUCAUCAUCUGCGCCCUCCUCCUCGCCGGCGCUCUCUCCCUCUUCCUCUACCGCCGCCAUCAAAUAAAAAAGCUCGCAGCUCAGAAACCCGACGCCGCCGCCCUCCUCCUCCCCAGCAAAGACAAGGAAAACAUGUUCAGCCGCGACCGCGCCAGCAGCGUAACGCUCUACGUCGAUUCCGACGCCGACGACCGCAGAAAGCGGGCAAGCACUGAUACUAUGCGUCUUGUCCCCCUGCACAUUACGCCUGUGGAGGAGGCUAGGGAUCCGAUUGCCGGGCUUGCUGCGGGUCCCGGACGUGCUGUGACUACUGAUCGCGCUGUCAGUGUGGGAAGUAGUGUUAGUGCGGUGAGUAGUAGAGGGUCACUGGGUUCGGUGCUGUUGAGUCCCGUGGUGCAGGGUGAGGAUGGGGAUGCCGGAAUGAGGAGUGUGGGACGCCCGAGGAGUACGAGCACGGCGUCGAUGCGGUCGAGGUAUUAUGAGAGGGUUGAUGUGGCGGAGAUGCCUGAGGUGCCGAAGAUUGUGCAUACAGCUGUUUAAGGGGAAACUGGGGGAUUGGUGGAUGGAGGGGGUUGUGAGAGGUAGUUUCUUUUUCUUUGGACGCUUGAGGGUUGGUUUUUGAUGGAUUGGUGCGAUAUCGAUAUACCCUUUUCUCUUGUUCUUCUUUUAUACAAAAUUUCAUGGCUGGGGGUUGUUUCGUUAGGGUUGAUGGUUUCUCUAGACUAGAAAACAAAAAUAAUCUUAGUCUUUAUCAUUUUGUGUAUACGCUUCUUCACAAG